GAAGGUGUGGUUUGGCAACUUUAUGCACAGCAUUCUGGGAAGGUUGACAAUGAGCGUUCUUAAUGUACCGGUUGUACCCAAGAAGUAACGUAUUUUCGGUCAAGUGGUUGACUUAUCCUUGGAAAGCAGUUUCACGAUGAUGCGCUUCCUGCUGCUGUUCAGCCGGCAGGGGAAGCUGCGACUACAGAAGUGGUUCAUUACGGUGACUGAGAGAGAGAAAAAGAAGAUGAUCCGGGACAUGACUUUGAUGGUGCUGGCUCGUCCUCCCCGCUCCUGUAACUUCCUCCACUGGAGGGACCUGAAGAUCGUUUACAAGAGGUAUGCCAGCCUCUAUUUCUGCUGUGGUCUGGAGGAACAUGACAAUGAACUGUUGACCCUGGAGAUUCUGCACCGAUACGUUGAGCUGCUGGACAAAUACUUUGGCAACGUGUGUGAGCUGGACAUCAUCUUUAAUUUUGAGAAGGCCUACUUCAUCCUGGAUGAGUUCCUCAUGGGGGGAGAGAUUCUGGAGACUUCCAAGACAGCUGUGGGCACCGCUAUGGAAGAGGCAGCGACACUACAAGAGACAAUGGAGGAGUACAUGAGUAAACCAACCUUCUGAAGUAAUUAAAUGGAAGUGAUGGGAGGCUUUAAAUAGAGUGGCAAUCCGAAGUAUUCACCCACCUUGGACUUUAUUUAUAUUACAAAAUGGAAUUUAAAUUAAUUAAAUCAGUUGAAUUUAGUUUUGCUACUGAUCCAUAAAAAAAAUCCAUAAUGUCAAAGGAAACAUAAAAUCAGCAGAUUGUUUUAAAUGAUUUCAGGUUAUAAACCUGUCUGGGACAAAUCCUAACAAAAACUACAUCAUGAAGGAAUAUUAAAAGCAAAUCUGGAAUAAGGUUCUUAAAAAGCGCCAAUUAGGGGUGGGAUGUAAAAUAAUUUCUAAAAGUUUUUAAUAUUCCCUGGAGCACAGUGAGGUCCAUUAUUAAGAAUUGGAAAAUAUAUGGCUGAACUGUGAAUCUGUAUAGAACAGGCAGUCUUCUAAAAUGGCGUAUCUGGGCAAGUCACAGUCCUCUACGGCUGAGCUAAGAGGCACUGGGCGUACUGCGACAAUAGCCCAGAUGUUUCACCAAAGUGGCCUUCAUGGGAGAGUCAGAUUAUGGAUGAUUAUUAGACUAACUAGAAGAAGAUUCCAUAGCCGUGUUGUGAUUAGACCAAAAUAGAAUUUUUGACCUGAAAGUUAAGUUCAAUGUUUGGCACAAUCCUAACAACCCACAUCAUCCUAAGAACACGAUCCCUAGUGUGAAGCAUGGUAGUGGCAACUCAAUCCAAUUAAGAAUAUGCGGAAACAGUUUUUUUUUUACUUUGACAUUAUGGACAUUUUCUGUGUUGAUCAGUGGGAAAAACACUAAUUCUGAUUUAAUGUUGUAACACAAUAAAAUGUGGAAAAGUCCAAUUGAGGAAAAUACCUUCACGAGCCACUGUAAUUUCCUGCAAGUCCCGUAAGUGCCACAACAUUUCAAAAAUGCUUUACACAAAAGUUUAAUACACAUUUCCACUCAGACAUAGUCUGUUGUUUUACAUUUGCUGAAAGAUGCAAGUUAUUAUUGCAUGUGUGUAUAUAUAUAUAUUUGUUUCUCACUGCCUGUAUAUUUCGUUUUAUUAUUAACUGGAUGGUUCUAGACAUAAAUGCCAUCUUUUAUUUUUAUUUUUUUUACUUAAACAUGUAAUUGGUUACUUGUUUAUAGGUGGUUACUUGUUUAUGUAGGCUGUAACCAGUGCAUAUAUCCAAGAAUAGCUCCUAGCCAUGUUAUAUUGGGUCAACUCAGGAAGUAUUGUCACCCUUCAUGAAAUUGAGAAGAAUUGUAUGCAAAUUAUAAACAACAAAAACAAUAAGUCAUUUGGGGCUUCAACAUAAGGGGGAGCUACAAUACCAGUCAGAAGUUCUCAUUCAAUGCGAUUUCUGUGUUUGCUAUUUUCCACAUUGUGGAAUAAUAGUGAAGAUAUCAAAACUAUGAAAUAACAUGUGUUGGUCCUGGGGCUAUUGUGAAGAUCAGUGGUGUGAUUAAUUCCUGUAAGCACCAGGAUAUUUUCACCAAGAAUCCUGGUCGCCUCUGCCUGGAGAUUGAGACUUGGCCUCGAGUGGAACUUUCAACAAGACAAGGACCCCAGAAAUACAUCAAAAUCAACACAGAAAUGGUUGAGAGACCACAAAGUCUGUGAUUUGAAAAGGCCAUCUCCAGGCUUUGAAUCAACUUGAAAACCUGUGGUCUGAAUUGAAAAUGGCAGUCCACAAGUGCAAACUUAAGGCUGUCAAGGAUCUUGAAUUGUGCUGCAUGGAGGAGUGGUCAGAUACCCCUCCAACUGUAUGCCUUCAAAUCUGUUUGAAAAAUUUUGUUGAAAUCUUACUAUACUGCUCUCCCCUAUGUUUGAGCCAAGAAUAUAACACAUUAGUUGUCAUUUCUUGUAUUCACCUUUGCUGAAUUUAAUGAAAAGUGCCAAUACUUUAUGCCCCUUAUGCUUUAUUGCUUCAAUUAAAUUGUAUUGUUGUAUUUGUAAGGAUUAAGUGGAUGUUUAAAAUAGAUGCACUCUAGUUUGCCUGACUGAUUUUAAAAUGUUUUAACCCAGUUGUGAGCUGAUCUAAAAGAUUGUAACUAACACAAAAAGAUUUGUAUCAAGCUGAAAUUAACCUUUUUUAUUAUUGUAAUUGUAUGUCGGAGCCACGGCCUUCACAUACGAUAAUAUUUUAUUAUGAUACAGUACAUAUAUCUUUGUUGUAAAGCUCGGAAGGUGGAUAUUGAGGUCUAAUCAUUUGCAUACCAUUGUUGUCAAACACUACUUUCUUAAUAAAUAUGGCUUGGUCUCAAGAUCUGAGACCGACAUUCUAAAUGUUA